UCUUGUCUCCGGCCAUAAACCUCUCAAUGACUCUAUGUUGAGGGUUUUGCUGCAUUCCCCAAAGCUAGCCACUCUCUCUCUCUCUCCCCUUACAUGGACUCGACGAACCCGCCCCUGAGUUGAACGAGUGAAGGCGCCGGCUGCUUGCAGAAGCCCAACCUUCUCUUUGCUUUGCUCUGUCCACCUCCCUCAAUAAGAUGCCCAUCACGAGUCUCAUGCAAUCCUCCGUCCGGCGUCUGGUUUCACUGCACGCUAAGCAAUCGGUGUCCGGGGUUCGUGGUUUGCUGGGGCUUCGUUGCAUUGCUGCCCCUUAUAGUUCAGCUCCUAACAGUGAGGAAUAUGCAAAGAGGAACUAUGCGAACAAUGUGUCGGAAUACAACACUGUUUUGGGUUCUCUUAUUGGUCAGAGAAGGCACUACCUGUUACGGGAUGUGUAUGACGACAUGAUGUUAGACGGGGUGCAGCCUAGCAGGGAUACUUUUCACUCACUGAUCGUUGGGGCGAUGAAGGGGAGUCGUCUUCAAGAUUCAUUCUACUUCAGAGACGAGAUGAGGGCCAUGGGAUUGGUUCUUGACGUUCCUUUAUAUAACUUCCUUAUGUCAACAUGUGGAAAGUGCAAGAAUUCUAAUGCUGCAGUUCAGCUCUUGGAAGAAAUGAAAGGAAGUGGAGUGAAACCAACUGGGCAGACAUACAUUUGUCUUUUGAAUGCCUGCGCAGCAACUGGUCGUGUUGAUCGAGUAUAUCCAAUUGUCCGUGAUAUGACUGCUGCUGGCUUGGGAUUGAAUAAAUUUUGUUAUGCUGGCCUAAUAGCUGCAUAUAAAAAUAAGACACCUGUGACUGAGGAGACAACUAAGAAGAUAGUUGAGCUUGUGAAGCAAUCCAAGGGAUGGUCCUCUGUUGAGGCAUCAGGUGAUAUUGCUGAAAAUGUGAUGAUGGGUGUGUCUGAGGAAGAGCUUUAUAAUAUUCCAACUUCAGAAUAUGUUCAUAGGCACGGGUUCUUAAACAGACAAUUAACCGUGUAUCAUGUAGCUCUUCAUGCUUGUGUUGAGCUCCGGAGUGUAGAGACAAUGGAGACACUUUUGGAUGUGCUGAAGCAGGACAACUAUUCCCCUGAUGUUUUUAUUGUAAUACAAACAAUGAGGUGCUAUCUUCAUUGUGGAGACCUUGAACGAGGUGUUAAAGUUUUUGAGGACUACUUCAGCGCUGGAAGGCCACCUAUGAUAGAGCUAUAUGUGGCACUGGUAGAGGGAGCAAUGGUUGGACAUACUCCUCGAGGAAUGGAAAUAGCUCAAGAGACAUUGAUGAAGAUGAGUGCAAGAGGAUUCUUUUUGAAUGCAAAGAUGGGGAAUGAUCUUCUUUUGGCUGCAGCAGGAGAAAGGACAGGAGGAUAUACCACUGCCAAUUACAUAUGGGAUCUGAUGCAGAGCCGCAGGAUCAACGUUACUCUGCCUACCGUGGAGGCUUACUAUAAAGGGCUGAAGGAAAGGGAGAUACCUGCAGAUGACCCAAGGCUUUUGCUGGUUGCUCGAACAUUGGACAACCUGCGUCUUAGGUUUGGUGGUGGAAGAUCAGCAUAGACUUGCACGCCAAACCUGCACAACUCUCUGGAAGUCGCAUGUUUGCACGUCUGAAAGGAUCAGCUGGUAAAAAUCGUUUGAACUGCUUAGGUCCGAUAAAUGGCUGCUGAGAAGAGGGCCCGGUCCUUGUUGAACUGCUUAGGUAGUUGUGAGUUUUAACAUGAAAAGUGCAAAGAGAAUACAAGGUUGAACAUCGCUGUGAGAAAUGGCUGUCUGUUUCUAUUUUCCUUGUGAAUUUUAUUUCUCCAUGGUUCCGUAAGAAGUUGGCUGACAAAGGAUGGCUAAACAAGCCCUGCCUCGACACCAAUACUUGUCAUGACUGUAAGAAGUCGGCGGCUUCCAACUUCUUGCAGUUUGGGUUUGUACUAGCUCGUUUUAUGUCAGAGAAGCCCUGCUGAAUCCGUUAUGCAAAAAGGGAUUUGAACCAUGCUCAUUAAUAACAGAUCUUAAUAACAACUCUUACUUGCCAAUGUA